AUGGCCCUGAGUCGUGCUGCAUGUUCGGCAAAGAUCCACGGCGUGACUGCGCCUGCGAGCCCGGUGAAGAUUGUGCGGGCGUUUGUUUGUGCAGGUGAUUGGCACCCCCGCAGCCGCCGUCAACGAGCCCCACUGCCAGGGCAUGUACACAGCCUCAUGAACAUGCAGGAUUCGCCUGCCCACGGUGUGGUGGAGCAGUUGAUGCAGGAUCCCGAGGUGCACGCCGUGUGCAGCGCGCUGUUGAGGCGCUUGGCUCAGAUUGUUGACGAACAUCUUCCACGGAAGCGCUGGUGUGCGGAUAACCUCUCACGUCACAACAAGCCACAAGGAGAAAGACGACGCGCCAUCGCCAUGUCCGGCGGAGACAACAGAGCGAGGGAGGAGGUGGAGGCGUUGCUGGCGCAGACGAAGGUGACGGAUUGGGUGAAGAACCGGAUCAGGGCCAUCGCCAACAACACGUGUGGGGAGAUAGCAGACUUGGGUCGUGAUGGCCUCGGCGACAUUGGGGCGCGUGCGGUGGCCGAGGCGCUCAAGGACAACACCUGCCUCAAAGGACUCGCCCUGUGGGACAAUUCCAUCGGCGAUGAGGGCGCUGUGGCGUUGGCGGAGAUGCUGAAGCACAACACGACCCUCACAGGACUCGACCUGUGGCGCAAUUCCAUCGGCCCUGAGGGCGCUGUGGCGUUGGCGGAGAUGCUGAAGCACAACACGGCCCUCGAACAGCUCUUCCUGAUGAGCAACCGCAUCGGUCCUGAGGGCGCUGCGGCGUUGGCGGAGAUGCUGAAGCACAACACGACCCUCGAAGAACUCUACCUGAACAACAACUCCAUGGGCGAUGAGGGCGCUGUGGCGUUGGCGGAGAUGCUGAAGCACAACACGACCAUGACAUGGCUCGACCUGAACAACAACUCCAUCGGCGAUAAGGGCGCCGUGGCGUUGGCGGAGAUGCUGAAGCACAACACGACCCUCGAAGAACUCUACCUGUACAACAACCGCAUCGGCGAUGAGGGCGCUGUGGCGUUGGCGGAGAUGCUAAAGCACAACACGGCCCUCGAAGAACUCUACUUGGAUAACAACUCCAUCACCCCGGUUGGCGGUGCGGCGCUGGGUGCCGCACUGGACGAAAACCGCACGCUGUCUCGGCUUGACAUCGAGAAGAACUCCACCGCCACCGCCCGCGCCUUUGGUGCCGCGCUGCCCGUCGACCGCGUGCUCGAUACAGGCAACUGGUUCGGCGACGAUGAGCGCAACGUCUUCAACGAAGCACGUGAGAAGAAGCAACAUAAGCAAGUGUUUGCCGGCUUCAAGACUGGCACCGCUUCAGCUGUCGCCACCUUCUUUCACCAAGAUCACGCAGAUGCCAAGCAACAAGACAAACAGGUUACUUCCCCUUCAACCCAACAUGCCAGCGUCUCCCAGCCCACGCCCUCAAGCCCAGCACUUGUGUCAACAUCCUCAGCUCCCCAAUGUCCCCCUGGCAGUGCACCUCGCCUUCUGACGACGGGCAUGUUCAGCCUGAAGUCUCCUGCGUCUCUCGCAGACGUACAGAGUCAAUACGAUGAAUUGUGCGAGGUUUCACUCAAGUACACACAAGUACUGUGCAGCUGCCUGAAGGCCCUCCCGCCCCACGAAGCCAUGUGGCCUCUUGAUGAUCCACGCCACACUACCCCGGAUGUGGCCGUGCUUCGCCAGGCUGAAGCGGACCAUCUGGCCUGCCUCAGCAAUCCCUCCUCGAUUGCUCCACACCAGUGCUGGGAGAGUCCAUCUGAUUUCUUUACGAGUUUGGCCGAGGGGUCGGUGUUCCCUCAGGCACACCUGACUCGAGAAGGAAAAGCAGCUGCCCUUGUCGCCAGAUGCACACCUGGUUGUGAUGAUGUUGAGUUCGUGAUUGCCUCUUCAGAAGACGAGCUUGCUCCCUGGACAGCAAAACUCCUCGCACAGUUCAAGAAAACGCAAGCAGCUGCGACACCCGCCAACUUCAUCGCCAAAUGCAAGGAAGGCGAUCCGCGCGGCGCUUACAGGGUGCUCGAAGCAAGCAACUUCAGCCAGGAGAUCGUGCACGCAACCGACACCAACAGUAAGUUGCCACAGCUUGUGUACCUCCUGCUGCUGUUGGGGGCGGAUGCCAAGACUGUCAACAACAAGGGCUAUGGCGUGAGCGACAUCGCGCACAGACAGAGCUGGCUCAAAGUCAUGGUUGCUCUUGACGAUGCCGCUUGGAUGAAUCGCUUGGCAACAUCCAGGCGGGAACCCGAGAUGGUGAAGCUCUUGGCAUCCAUCGACAAGCGCACGUGUGGGCCUGAGAUCAUGAGAACUGGCUUGACCAUGCAUCCUGACCCACUUCGCGUUCUCUGUCAGCGGUUGCACCUGAGCGGCGUUGUCACACGCCUUAUUCUGGUCGCCUGUGAUCUUGAUGACAAGGCCGCGGUUGUGCUCGGACGCCACAUGCAUCAACUGAAUCACCUUCGAGUGCUGAAUCUCAGUCACAAUGCCAUUGGAGAUGUUGGAGCGAACGCCCUCUCUGAGCCAUUCUUCGGGCAGUGCUGCAUCGCCACUCUCGGGCUCGACGGAAAUCGCAUCACAGCUGCUGGUGUGGAGUGUCUGGCAAGGGCGAUGGUUGCGAAUGAACUCCUCAGCACCAUCUCGUUGGUGAAUAAUCCCGUGUCGGAAGAAGGCGUUGGACCCAUGGCUGAGGCCGUGGUCGUGAAGCGCCGCUUGCUGGCAGACAGCAGGAAGCGUGUUAAAGUCACAUUCACCAACGACUUUUUUCCCAACGAUGGUCUUGAUCACGUGUUUACCCGCACAGAGCACCACGAAGCAUUCAAUCAGAAUUUGAUUGAAGCUUGCUCUCAAGGCAAAACACGUCAAGCAGAAGAUAUGCUUCGACUUGGAGCCAGUGCGAACGCAGGGUGCAACGUACUUUCCAGGUUUUCUCGCAGCCUGCAAGUUGCUCGGCGCUAUGUCAAUGGCACCGCUUCUGUCUUUACGACGGCUUUGCAUGCUGCUGUGCGCACCGGAAACUCGAUGGCGGUGCGGCUUCUUUUGUCGCACGGCGCUGAUGCGAAUGUCAUCGAUUUGGAGGGCUUGAACCCAGCUCAGGUGGCGCGGCAACUUGGGCACCGGGAAGUGUUGGAUGCGCUCAAAGGAUCGAGAGACGUUUCUGCUGGUAGGGAGCCAGAGUCUCACCACAAGUACGAGGUUUUCAUGAGCUACAGGCACACAGGCAACUCCAAGUUCGCAUAUUUUGUCCACCAAUAUAUGAAGCACACGGAUCUCCACGUGUUCAUGUCGAGUCAGAAGUCGCCCGUUGCGUGCCUGAUAGCCCUUCAGCACAGCAUUGUUGCCUGUCCCGUCGUCUCUGCUGCUGCUCUCCAUCAGAUGCGUUCGCUCGGCCACACUGACGUGUGUGACAACGUGCUCUUGCAGUGGAUGGCAAUGCUUGAGCUGCAACAGCUGGCCCACCAGCACCCAGACAAGAUCCACCUUCGACGCAUCGUUCCACUUUUCGUUGGCAGCGGAUGGCACGACAGCAGCCACGCCAUGAGCAGUGCGGAAGCAUGCGAGUACGAUUCGUUUGACCGCAUGAAGCGACUGGCCGAGUCGCUGUCAGAAGCUGUCAGCGCGGCCACGGCAGCAGCGCUUGACACGUUCUUUUCACAAGUGCUCCACCUCCCGCCACCACAGCACCACAAGAGCGUGCGCGAAGUAGUGCUGUCCCUUUUUGACAGUGUUGGUGUCAUGUCUUUCUACCAAGACCAACAGCAGCACGAUUUAGCAGCAGAUGCAGUGAGAAUUACAGAGAAGGUGCACCAGGAGGUCGUAUCUGCCAUAAGAGAUCGGCUGUCAUCGCACAGGAAGGGCGCAAGUCGGUUGAUGCAGUCGUCAUCGUCCGUCAAACCGACCUCUACCACAGCACUACCUGCAACUCUUCCUUCUUCCUCUUCCUCCUCAUCACCAUUUGAUCACGAACUGACUGCAUGGCUCAACCGUCACUCCCUGCUGCCGCACGUUGAAGCUGCGCUGGUGGAGCACGGCAUUGACUCCCUUAGAGUGCUGCUUGCGCUGGUACAAGAGGGCGACGUGACAAAGCAGACGCUGCGGGAGGCAGGCGUGAAACUUGGCCCCGCCGUGAAGCUGAUGCAAGAAGCAAAAGAGCUUACCUCUGAAGACGACUCGACCUCUUCUGCCAAAGCCGCCUACCAAGAGCAGCUCGAUCUCCUGAAGCUGCUUGAAACAGGCUCCGUCCCCCUUGAGACAGCGAAGGUGUUUGUGUGCGGCGAUGAUGGCAUUGGCAAAAGCACCAUGAUCAAGUCCCUGCCAGGCAGCCUGUUUCGCCGCUUCACACGCACCAUCUUCCAACCAGCAAAUGACCCAGACCGCCGAAACGAGCGCACGCCCGGCAUUCGAGUCUGUGAAAUGAAGUUGAAAGACACCACAAGCCAAGGCAACGACGGUGACAACGCUGCGUCUCUUCGCGUGUAUGAUUUUGGCGGGCAGCUCGCAUAUCACGUCAUCCACACGCUGAUGAUGUCGGAUCGCUUCGCUGCCUUUGUCGUCUGUGUCGACCUGUCUGAGCCGAAAGAACAUGUGAAGGAGCGCGCCAACUACUGGCUGCAGUUCAUCUGCACGCGACUCCAGCAGGGCGUGGCGCCUUCAUCAUCAGCAGCAGCAGAUGGAGACGCGAAAGACGACGUGAAGCCGCGUGUUCUCAUCGUUGGAACGAAGAGGGACCUUGCCUUCAGACGUGGACGAGUGAAUGUAAAUGGUCAGCCACUGUGGGGUGCGGGGAUGGUCGCGGACCUGAAGAACAUGUUUGGCGGCAUCGUCAACAUCCAAGAUACCCUCAUCCCCCUCAACUGUCAUCAGGGCGGCGAGGCUGGGUUUGAUGUGCUCCGCUCACAGCUUGCUCAGCAUUGGCGGUGGCUGAAAGGGCGAGAGGUGUUGGUGCCAAAAGUGGUGAAUGGAGUGGCAGAGGCUGUGAAGGAAGCAAGGAUGCUCAGGGCGAUGUGGAGGGCGGGAGAUUUGUUGGACUUUGUUCGCGGCAGCGGGAAUGGCAUCAACCUCGUUUCUGUGAUCCAAGAGGACACCUUCCACCAAACACUCAGGUACCUCCACACGCGCGGCGAUCUGCUCUGGUAUUCCAGCACACCCUCCCUGGCGGAUUUCGUCUUCGUCGACCCCAACUGGCUGCUUCAUGACGUGCUGGGGAGAGCGCUGACACCGGACGGCGUGCAGCAAGGCUCCAUCACCACGAAAGGUGUCGUGACAUUCACGGACCUGGAAACCGCAUUCCGAGGCAUUGCCAGCGCAGAUCUCGUCAUCAACGUCCUGCAGCACACGCUCCUCUGCUUUGAACUGCCGCCUUCUGACGAUGGGCAACGGCGAUUCAUGCUGCCGAGCCGCGUUGAGGAGGAGGUCGAUCUCACAACCGCCUGGUCACAAGGCGAGUGGCUGCUAUAUGCCGGACGACGGCUGGUGGUCGAGAACAACGCGCUUGCGCUGCCGCCUGGCUUCUUCCCACACGUGCAGACACUGCUGCACAAAUCGUUUGGCGCAACACUGAAGGUGUGGAAGGAUGCCUUCUGCUGCAAGCGUGAUGGUGUGCAGUGUCUUGGACUACUGCGGGACGACCGAGCAGUGGAUGUGUGGGUGAGGGCACCCGGCGGCGCAGAGUGCAGCGCUUGGAGCUGCAUGAUGGAGAUCGUCUCCUUCCUGCAAGAAGAGGCACGUGGCAUCGAUCACGUCCAGCACGUCCUCAGCGUGAAUCACCUGAAACAGCACCGCGAUUACCCGGCCAGCCGCCCCAUCACAGACCUGGAGGACCUCGCCUUGCAUGGCCUCGUCGACUUUGCAAACGAUGACAAUCCACCCGCGCGACUCAGGGAUCUCCUCGUACAUAACCCCAUCCUGACAGCACCCUGGCACCAACCGGGCCACGAGUGGCACCAUGCUGCCUGGCGGCUCGACGACAGCUUUGACCGCCAGUUGCAGUGGACUGGACCUGGCGAUCAUGACGUGUACUCUGCGCCACUGCCAUCAGACACAGACCUGUAUCGAUGGAUUGAGAGUCAGAUGGGGCCAGGCCUCACCUUGUCGCGCGUGGAGAUGACUAAGUCCACCACGAUGCUGCGGGCGUUCAAAGCGCAAGUGGAGCGUUCAGCCAAGAAACGUGGUGAUCCAAACACUACCAAUACAGUUGCUGCAGACCCUGCCAACCCCGUUGCUGCAGACGCGACCAACCCCUUCAACAAGGACUUUGGGGCUGGCGAUCCGGACAAGCAAGGCAUGCUUGACCGGCUCAAGACGCAGUUUGCAGAAACACCCGAUGGCGUGAAUUACGUCAACGUCCUUGUGGCUUGGCAUGGGUGUGAUGAGGCUGUCGCCGACAACAUCACCGCCACAGGAACCGCCAACCUCAGCAGCCCAAACGACCCUGGCUUCUUUGGCGCUGGCAUCUAUCUCACGCCGCAGACAAGCUAUGCCGCAGGCUACUCAACACGCCUGCUGACUGGGAAUUGGCGCCAACCAAACGCAGACGGUGAGCACGUGAUGCUCUUGUGUGCUGUCAGCGUCGGCCUGGCAUACCCCAUCACCAGAAGGGCAGAUUACCCAUCGUCUGGGCAAAACAAGUGCACGAAGUUCUGGGGCAAGAAGCUGGAGACUGGCUGCGACACCCACUACAUCCAAGUCACAAAGCACAUGGGCUACCAAUCCACCAGAGCGCCCACACCUGGCACCUUUGACUUUGAGGAGUAUGUGGUCUCGCAAGAGGCCCAGGUCUUGCCAUUUGCCAAGGUGUUUGUCAAGGUGGACAGGGUCGUGCUGGCUUCGCAGCUCACAACCCCUUAGACUUGCUGGUGUGUGUGUGUGUGUGUGUGUGU